CCGCCCCUCCCGGAGCCCGCCGCUAGGGCUGGACGGCGUCUGCAGCUGAGGCGAAGCAGCCCUGUGCCUGCCGCCGUAGGGCGCCAGCGGUGCCCCUUGAGCCCCACUGGUGGCGAAGGCCGGGUGAGCGGACCGUCCCAGCUACUCUGAAACCGAAAGCGGCUCAGGACGGCAGGCCGAAGGCGACCUGGGACACCCGCGCUCGGUCCCGGCCCCUAUGAAAGACUUUGCAAGCAGAAUUCGUUAACGUGAGCUUAAUGCCAGGGACGCGAACUUGCACCGGUGCUAUAGUGCGUGCUUGUUUGGAGACAGCACCCGACUUUCCAGAAGAAUGGCGCAAUCAGAGGAAAAAGGGGGUGUCCCCUGUGCCUUCAUCCGACAGAAUUCCGGCAACUCCAUUUCCUUGGACUUUGAGCCUGACACAGAGUACCAAUUCGUGGAGCAGCUGGAAGACCGCUACAGAUGUGCCUUCUGCCACUCGGUGCUUCACAACCCCCACCAGACGGGCUGUGGGCACCGUUUCUGCCAGCACUGCAUCCUGUCUCUGAGAGAACUGAACGCAGUGCCGAUCUGCCCCGUAGACAAGGAGGUCAUCAAGCCCCAGGAGGUGUUCAAAGACAACUGCUGCAAAAGAGAGGUCCUCAAUUUAUACGUCUAUUGCAAGAACGCCCCCGGAUGCAAUGCCAGGGUCAUUCUGGGACGAUUCCAGAAGAGGCAGUGGGCCUCCAUGACAGCUGGGGAGAGGCCGGCCUGGCUGGCCCUUGGCUCUCUGCCCCGCUGUGCCCCACACUGGCCCCGCCCCUGGGGCUGCUGUCACCUGAUGCAGGACCAUCUUCAGCACUGCUCCUUCCAAACCAUGCCCUGCCCUAACGAGAGCUGCCGGGAAGCCAUGCUCCGGAAAGACGUGAAGGAGCAUCUGAGUGCGUACUGCCAGUUCCGGGAAGAGAAGUGUUUCUACUGCAAAAGGGACGUGGUGGUCACCAACUUGCAGGAUCAUGAGGAAAACGUGUGUCCUGCGUACCCGGUGUCUUGUCCUAACAAGUGUCUGAGGACUAUUCCGAGAACCGAGGUGAACGAACACCUCACUGUGUGUCCUGAGGCCGAACAAGACUGUCCCUUUAAGCACUACGGCUGUACUGUCAAGGGCAAGAGGGGGAACUUGCAGGAGCAUGAGCAGGCAGCCCUGCGGGACCACAUGCUUCUGGUUUUAGAGAAGAACUUCCGACUAGAACAGCAGAUCUCUGAAUUAUAUCAGAGUCUCGAACAGAAAGAAAGCAAGAUCCAGCAGCUGGCGGACACCGUGAAGAAGUUUGAAAAGGAGUUUAAGCAGUUUACACAGAUGUUUGGUAGAAAUGGAAGUUUCCUCUCAAACGUCCAGACUCUGACCAGUCACAUUGACAAGUCGGCGUGGCUGGAGGCGCAGGUGCGGCAGCUGCUACAAACCAUCAACCAGCAGCAAAACAGAUCUGACCUGCGGGCUCUGGUGGAAGCCAUCGACAGCGUGAAGCAGAAGAUUAGCCUGCUGGAAGCCAGUGACCAGAGAUUAGUUGUUCUGGAGGGGGAGACCAGCAAGCAUGACGCACACAUUAAUAUCCACAAGGCACAGCUGAAUAAGAACGAAGAGCGAUUUAAGCUGCUGGAGGGCGCCUGCUACAGUGGCAAGCUCAUCUGGAAGGUGACAGAUUACAAGGUGAAGAAGAGGGAGGCCAUGGAGGGACACACAGUGUCGGUCUUCAGCCAGCCCUUCUACACCAGCCGCUGCGGCUACCGGCUCUGUGCCAGAGCGUACCUGAAUGGCGAUGGGUCUGGGAAGGGGACUCACCUGUCCCUGUACUUUGUGGUGAUGAGGGGUGAGUUUGACUCGCUGUUACAGUGGCCGUUCAGGCAGAGGGUCACCCUGAUGCUUUUGGACCAGAGUGGCAAGAAGAACCACAUUGUGGAGACCUUCAGAGCUGACCCCAACAGCAGCAGUUUCCGAAGGCCUGACGGCGAGAUGAACAUCGCCUCGGGCUGUCCCCGCUUUGUGUCACACUCCACUCUGGAGAAUUCCAAGAACACCUACAUCAAAGACGACACCCUGUUCUUGAAAGUGGCCGUGGAUUUAACCGACUUGGAGGAUCUGUAAUGGUAACCGAAAAGCACAGGGGGCAGACGACAUCGUUGAAGCCCAGACCUCUAUCUAGACUGAACGUGCUUUUGGUGUUGGCCUUUUGCCUUUAAGAUCUGAGUGUUAUCUUUUUCUCCUGGAUCCCGCCCCAGUCUGAAACUUAAAACUCUUAGACUAUUGCUGUUAUUUAUAUUUUUAUAUCUUGUGAAAAUUAUAAUGAUCUUGACAGUAA